AUGUCUCAAAAGAUUGAAAACUUUCUCUUCACGUCCGAGUCCGUCAACGAGGGUCACCCGGACAAACUCGCCGAUCAAGUCUCCGACGGCGUCUUGGACGCCAUCUUGGCCCAAGAUCCGGAUGCCAAAGUCGCUUGCGAAACGGCGACCAAGACGAACAUGGUGAUGGUUUUCGGUGAAAUCACCACCACCGCCAAGGUUGACUACGAAGCGGUCGUGAGACAAGUCUGCAAGGACAUCGGCUUCAACUCCGAAGAAGACGGGUUGAACGGGAACACGUGCGAAGUUUUGGUUCGAUUGCACGAGCAAUCGCCGGAUAUCGGCCAAGGCGUCCACGGUAUGGGGACCAAGGCGUUGGAAGACAUCGGCGCCGGUGACCAAGGCAUCAUGUUUGGUUACGCCACCGACGAGCACGAAUCUUUGAUGCCGUUGACUUUGGUCUUAGCGCACAGACUGGGCCACAGAUUGACCGUCGUGAGAAAGGACGGCACCUGCCCGUGGGUCUUGCCGGACGGUAAGACGCAAGUCACCAUCGAAUACAAGAACGACAACGGCGCCAUGAUCCCGCUUCGCGUCCACACCGUGUUGAUCUCCACGCAGCACAAGGAAGGCGUCACGAACGAGAAGAUUGCGGAAGACUUGAUGAACGAAGUCAUCAAGAAGGUCAUCCCGGAAAAGUACUUGGACGACAAGACCAUCUACCACUUGAACCCAUCUGGACGAUUCGUCAUCGGCGGUCCGGAUGGCGACGCCGGUUUGACUGGCAGAAAAAUCAUCAUCGACACCUACGGGGGCUGGGGUGCGCACGGUGGCGGUGCCUUCUCUGGUAAGGAUCCGACCAAAGUUGAUCGCUCCGGAGCGUACAUUGCCAGACAAGCGGCCAAGUCUGUCGUCGCCGCCGGCCUCGCGAAAAGGUGCUUGAUGCAAAUCUCUUACGCCAUCGGCGUCGCCAAGCCGUUGUCCGUCCACAUCGACACCUACGGCACCGGCUCAAUCUCCGACGCUGAAAUCUUGAAGAAGGUCGAAGCCGCGUUCGACUUCAGACCGGGGAUGAUUGGCAAGAACUUGGACUUGAAGAGAGGCGGCAACAAGAGAUACCAAACCACCGCGGCGUACGGUCACUUUGGCAGAGACGAGGACCUCAACAUCUUCACCUGGGAAAAGGUUGUUCCGCUCUAA